ACAUCCUAAACUGUGGGUUCCAGGAUUAUUUCUGAAGCUAAACUUAAAGAGGCGAGGAAAUUCGGCUUUUGUGCGCGCGUGGUGCGGAAACGUCACCACCGAGUGCCCUGACGUCAUCAACAAGCGCGGUAUGGAUGUGUGAAAAGAAAUGGGAGAUUGUCUGGAGGAGCAGAAGUCUGUACCGGGUCAGUGUCUGGGCUUACUCCAAACCGUCAACAUGGUAAUCUGUUAAACGAUUUCACACAUAAUGAAUGGUGAUGAAGAGACCAAAGCUCGGUGUCUUUCUCUUCAUGGCCUUUCUGCUGGCCUACCUGUUGUUUCUGAAGUACCACUACUCAACCUCCAAGGCCUCCAACUUCAGACCACCUCCACAUGCCGAGUCCAAAUUGGUCAGAGCCGGUGACGACCGGCCUGUCUCUGCAGACGGAUUUGACUUCCAAUAUGGCGUCAUGUUUGACGCGGGCAGCACCGGAACCAGAGUCCACAUUUUCAAGCUCCAGAUGAAGAGUAAAGAACCCCCCAUAGUGGACCACGAGACCUUCAAGGCCAUCAAACCUGGGCUGUCUGCGUACGCUGAUGAUCCCGAGAAGUGUGCAGCAGGAAUCCAAGAGCUUCUGCAUGUGGCAAAGUCCAGUGUCCCCCCUUCCAUGUGGGCUAAAACUCCACUGGUCCUGAAGGCCACAGCCGGUCUGAGGCUGCUGCCUGGAGAAAAAGCCAAGCAGCUGCUGGAGAAAGUAAGACAGAUUUUCCACAAGUCUCCUUUCCUGUCUAGAGACGACAGCGUCUCCAUCAUGGACGGCACUGAUGAAGGAAUUUCUGCUUGGAUCACUGUCAACGUCCUCAUCGGUGGUCUCAGCAGAGCUGACUUAACCACAGUGGGGAUGUUGGAUCUAGGUGGUGGUUCAACUCAGAUCACCUUCAGCCCCCGUGAUGAGAAAACCAUCCAGAUGUCUCCCAUCGACUUCAUCAGGUCCUUCGAGAUGUUCGACAGGACUCACACUGUUUACACACACAGUUAUCUGGGUUUGGGUUUGAUGUCCGCCCGGCUCACCAUCUUAGGAGGUUCUGUUGAUCCGCCUGGGGGCAGCACUGAGCUCGUCAGCCCCUGCCUCCCCCCGCAGUACUCAGGCAGGUGGGAACAUGCGGAUGUUGUCUUCACUGUAAAGGGACAGAAAGCAGGGGAGCCGGUUUUUGAGACGUGCCUCACCAGAGUGCAAAAGGUUCUAUAUGGGAAGAUAAAGAGGGUGUCAGAGGUGGUAUCCAUGGACUUCUACGCCUUCUCCUUCUACUAUGACCGUGCUGUUAACUUAGGCAUCAUCGAUGAGAAGCUGGGCGGAGCCAUCAGAGUGUCUGACUACACAGAUGCAGCCAGAAGAGUGUGUUCUGGGCCGUCAGCCGAACCUCAACAGAAUCCCUUCCUCUGUCUGGACCUGGUCUACAUCUCCGUCCUUCUGCAAGAGUUCGGCUUCCCCCCCCACCAGCAGCUCAGGCUUGCCAGAACCAUCAACCAAGUGGAGACCAGUUGGGCUCUGGGAGCCACUUUCAACUACAUGGAAACCCUGAGAGGAUCAUGAGGCUGGACCAGCCAUGCACGCUCACAUGCACUCUGAGCUGGUGUGGGCUCUGUGUUCUGGUUUGUUUGUUAAAAGAACUUUUAAUGUUCUGAUGAAUUGUAAUAAAAACUGUCACUGAAGAAUGUCCAACCAGGUUCUGUUGAUCCAGAACCUGCAGCAAAAGCCAAAAGACAUUGGUGGGUAUCAGAGCUUCAGAGAAACCUUUUCUGCAGGUUCAAACCAUGCUUCUGUUUCCAGAUUUGAAGCAAACCAGGAAGUAACGUGUUGCAGUUCUGGAAAUGACCACUAGAGGCUGAUGUCAGAGGAGAGCUUUGACUCCCAUGUUAAAUUAAUUGUCUGAUUUCACACCAAAAAUAAAUGAAUGUAUAGAGUGGUUACAAAAAUCUA